UAUAAAGUAAUAGUCAGAAUGGCAGGACGUAGUAGAGGAAAGCCUGCCAUGUCGUUUUCCAUGGAGCAAUUGGGCAUCUCUAAAGGGGAAACAUUACCAGCAUCAGUUCUGCAGCCAUCUCCAAGUUAUCCCCCGCUGGAUCACAAGCCUCUACCUAUUCAGCUAACCACUGAGAUGAGUUACUUGGUAGAAUUAAAAAGGGAUUUUACUGAUUAUAUGCGAGAAUCACCAAACAAUGUGCAAGCUGCUGUAUUAAAUGAGGAUGUUGAACGAUUCUAUGAAGAUUUUGAAGAGACCAUUGCAGAACGUAAUAAAUCAGAAUAUGAGACACGUCACGAUUGGAAUAUAAUGCCAAUGGAAUUAAAAUUAUCGAGAAAACGAAAAUCCCAACAGCAAAAUACAAGUCGAAACAAGAAGAAGAAGGAAAUGGAUAUCAUUAAGAAACUAGCAGAACUGGAGAAAAAAGAAGACGUACAACGACCUGAGGUAGAAGAAGAGGGCAAAGAGGAAGGAGAUGAAGAUGAAGACGGUGAAGAGAAGGAGACGGGAGAAGGUGCAAAAGAUGAAGAGGAAAUUGAUGAGAUGGAUGAUGGAACUGAUUAUGUGAAUGAAUACUUCGAGAAUGGCGAUAAUUAUUAUAGCGAAGAUGAUAAUGAUGAUGAUCAAUUUUUUUGAUACAUAAAAAUUAUGUAUAAAAAAAUUUUAUAGUCUUGAUCUUGUUGUGAUCUCAGGGACAAUUUGUUUUAGAAACUCUAAUAAACAGUUGUAAAUGUAGCUAAAUUAUAUAGAAUUUUUAUUAUUUGUACCUGUUGCUCAAUUGCAUAUUAUUGUUUGAAGAUGGAAAUUAAUAUGCGUAUAUUGAACUUUUUAUUUUACUUUGUUAUUGAUGAAAAAGGAAAGAUUGUUACAACAUACGAGCACAAUUCAAAAUAGGGACAUAUGACAAUUAAAACAGUCUAGAAAUCACAG